UAUCUUUAGAUUUUAGAUUUGCUUUAUAGCAUAAGGCAUUUUUUAGGUUUUGGGGAAACAAUCUCGAUUUGUACUAGCUAUUUUUCGAUUGUUCACCUUUUUUGCUAAUUGUGACUUCGACCUCUCGAGAUGGACGUUGACGAAGAGAUAUUCGGUCCCCAUAUACCUUGUACCACUUCAGAGGCCGACCUUCGGAACCUCAGGGAGAUUCACGGCUUUCCUGCCGUUGUUGAGAUGGUGAUUCCGUCUGUGAUGGAAUCGCCGGAAACCGUUAGACCAGGGUGGUGCUGCGGAUAUUGCACAUACUUCGAAGAGUGCGGUCUGACUUUUAUGAUCCCAAGAUUUCUUCACAAAAACCUAGAGCGGCUCCAGAUCUGAGAAAAUAAUUUCUCAGAUGUGCCCGAACUGUGUUAGAUACGUUAUCGGGCUAUCUGUUCGAGCUUGAGAAGAGGGUAUUCCUUUUUGUUCGGAUUACAUCAUCGCUCUAUGCUCGGUUAAGAAGAAUCCCAACUUCGAGGGGAAUUUCUAUUUUUCUCCAAGGCAAAACCGGCGGGUCCUCGUGGACGUCCCACAGCGAGACAAGUGGAGGGCAUGACGUUCCUUUUCAGGGUCAACGCCGCGUCGGUUUGAUUUUGAUUUUUCUCGCCUUCCUCGCCUAUGGAUGUUGGUCGCUGGUUGGGCGAUUUUCGCAUUUUUGUUGAGUUCCGUUUUGCUCUUUUAGUGCGUUUUUAACCCUUGUUUGGGUAUUGUUUACAGAAACGACUCCACUGAUAGCAGAUAAUGUACUCACCGCUCUCCGUCGAGAAAGGAUGUCCUAGCCUCUUUUCACUCGGGGGAGGAUUUUACGAGCUCUUGGUGCGCCUCAGCAACCGAUUGUUCCUCAAUAAUUCGUCCAACCUCCUUCUCCUCAAGAUGUUCGUCGAGCAGAUGUUCGAAGACAUGCCUCGCUGCGACGAGCUUAACGCUGCUAAGAAGGUUGUCCAGGACCUGACGGGGCAGAACUCCAAGAGUCGAAGGACUGGGAGGCCGCAGUGUCUGACCAGUUCAUCGACAUUUCGUCCUCUCGGGCCCGCUUUAAGGCAUUGGAGGCGUCUGAGCUCGAGCUGCAGGGAAAGUUGAAGACGCUUUCAGAGCAAAACAAGGCUCUUGCUGAGGAGAGUCGUUCUUCCCUGGCUCAAUUGACCCGGUUGUCCGAGGAGAUCCGCUUGCUGAAAGAAGGUUGGGACAACGAGCUGCACUGCCAACUCCACGCUGGGAACGGGGAGGUCAAUCACCAGUAUCAAGAGAUCUUUUUGUCAAUCAAGGAAAAGUUCAACAAGAAGAAACUUGAGGCCAACGCUGAGAUCAACCUCUAGGAGGUGCUUGCCAACAUCGAGUUGCUUGAGAGUAUGGCGAAAGGGGGAGGUUCAACCCAACACUGAGCUCGUGAAAUUAAAGGCUCUAGAUGCGGAGUUUACGGCGGCCUUCUAGGAUGCACAGGUCUCAGACUUCUCCCUCAGCAAGCUCAUUCUUCCCGCGAUCUCAGAAUCGUUGGUGGCGGUGAUGGAUGUUAAUCCAAACUCGCUCGUCCCGAUGGGGCUCAACCAAUUCGGGAGCAAUGUUCUAGGGGAAGUGCAUGAGGAGGCUCAAGGGGAUGCGACUGAUAAACCGGCGGCAUGAGGGUUAUUUCCUUUUAUUUUGUUGCAGGGACUUGUAAGUUUUUCAAACAUGGUGCCCGAGAGGGCUUUAAUCCACUUCUUUUUUAUGUUUCGAAUUGGUGACUGGGAGGGCUUUAAUCUGUUUUCAGUUCUAAGUACUUUGCUUUUCUUACUUAG